GUCCUCAAACACUUUCUCCUCCUCCUCCUUGUGGCCUGGCAGGCCUCUGGCAUCCAGGCUGCUCCAUGGGGAAGAUCGAGAGUGGAUGUGCCCCCGGAGCGGGCUUUUCCAGUCCUUCCGCGGCCUCCUCUUCUUGAUCCACGCUGGAAUCCCAGGGAUGUGCCCCCGGAGCGGCUUUUCCUGUCCUUCCGCGCCUCCUGUUCUUGAUCCACGCUGGAAUCCCAGGGAUGUGCCCCCGGAGAGGGCUUUUCCUGUCCUUCCGCGGCCUCCUGUUCUUGAUCCACGCGGGCAUCCCAGGGAUGCAGCAGUAGCUGAUGGUUUUCCAUUCUUCCAGCUGCGUUCCGUUGCUGAACAUCCAAAAGACCAUACAGGUUUGGUUACAGAUAAGCCCUCAGAGAAGGCUCUUCCAGCUCCUCUGCGGCCUCCUGUGCUGAAUCCAAGCUGGCCUCCAAGAGGUACUCAGAGAGCACGUUAUACAUCUAGAAGAGGGAAAAAAUCUCAAAAGGCAUCUGAUGUCUUAGACAAAACUGUGAAGAAACUGGUGCAGAUAGACUACGACCCACCUGCAAAAAGUAGUCAGAAGAAAGGAAGCUAUCGCAUGCCUCCAGUUUCUGAUGUAGAAAGAAAGGCAAUGGAUGAAAACGGCAUGCCAGUGGUGGACUCUGGGACAAACACAAAGGCAGGCAGCAACAUACGUGAGCGGUUAUAUAUUACAAUGUCUUCAGUGGUCCCAAUGGUGCUGCUGUCUUUGCGUCUGACGUUUUUACUUGGUAAAUUAAUUAAAGCGAUAGAAAAGCGAAAACAGGGACAAGCUGACACUGCCACUACCUCCACUGGAGAAGAUCAAACUGGAGAUGCAGGGUCAAGGAAAGAACAAAAUGAUACUCUUACCCAAGAAGAUGAGGACAUCAACAACGGCCUCAGCCCAUGA